AUGCUGAGCAUCCUCCGCAAGCGGCGGCCGCGGCUGGAGGGCGACCAAUUCAUUGGGAGCCUCAGAGUACGGAUGCCACUGGAGGAGGGCGUGAAAGAUCUACAAGUUCAAGUGCACUAUCCAGGCAACAAGGACGGAGAGCUGCUGACAAACGACAGGUUUCCGCUGAUGCGCCCGGAAGUCUUGCAAGCCAUCGGCGACGCCAAGGGCAUCCCAGCUUCGGCCUUGCGCUCGCUGUUCGGCGGCAGCAUGCAGGAAGAUCCCAGUUGCGAGGUCUCCACGGCCUCCAAGUGGCCCAUUGCGGUCUUCACCAGUGGGUCGCCCGUCACUGAGGUGGAAGCCAUAGGGGCUUUGCAGAUCUGGGGUUCUUGUGAGAUGUACACCCAAUUCCUACGUGAUUUGGCCUCCUAUGGCAUGGUGGUGAUUGCCAUCGAACACGAGGAGCAGCUGCAGCUUAUGAAGCUAAGAACUGUAUUUAUGAGUUUUGUUUUGCGAUUGAUAUACAGUAGUGCAGCAGAUAAAUAA